UCCAAUCCGCAAAAUCUAAUUUCUACCGCGAAAUUCACAUUUUAUUUGAACAAAUUUUAUAGAAUCUAAAUCCGCAUUGCUGCGGAGCCGAACCUAAACCCGCAGAUCAUAACCCAAUUUGACACCUCUAACCUCUGCUGUAUUCACUCCCGGCGAGUUGGAAUUUGGAGGUUUUAAUUUUUUUUUCUCUUGAGCAAUCAGAGUUUCUACAAAACAUCCUUUGAAGUGUUUUGUGUUGAUCAAUCUCCAAUCUGAUGAACAAGGGGCUUUCUCAGGAACCCUAAUUUGUUAUCCGUCAAGGGUUUCCAAUCUUCGAAGGUCAGUGCGUGAUUUUGAGAUUUGUUGACCUUUUCGUUUCUGCUUAGUGUUGAGAGCUCCUUCUUCGCGUUUGUUUGAGCAUAAGGAGUUUUGAAGUCCGCAGAUUUGGUCCUUUGAGAAAUUUUUCUUUCGUUUAGCAAAUUUUCACGAGAUUUCAGAUAUUCUAAGAUCAGAGCGUAAAUGUCUGGAAGAAAUCGUGGACCUCCUCCUCCAUCGAUGAAAGGUGGAUCUUACAGUGGCUUGCAACCUCCGGUUAACCAACCGGCUUUUGUUAGAGGCUUGGGAGGACCAGUGCCUCCUCCUCAUCCUUCUAUGAUAGAUGAUGUUAGGGAAACACAAUUCAGAGUGGAUCCAAGAGGUCUUCCUCAACAUCUUUCAAUCAUGGAGGAACGUAUCGCUGCUCAAAACCAAGACGUGCAGGGCUUUCUUGCUGAUAACCAGAGGCUGGCUGCGACUCAUGUUGCGCUUAAACAGGAACUGGAAGUUGCUCAGCAUGAGCUGCAAAGAAUGAUGCAUUACAUUGAUUCCUUGAGAGCGGAGGAAGAUAUCACGAUGAGGGAGAUGUAUGACAAGUCCUUGAGAUCCGAAAUGGAACUGCGUGAAGUCGAUGCUAUGCGAGCUGAGAUUCAAAAGGUUCGUGCAGAUAUCAAAGAGUUUACUUCGAGUAGGCAGGACCUAACGAGCCAGGUUCAUUUGAUGACUCAAGAUCUGGCUAGACUUACAGCUGAUUUGCAGCAGAUACCAACACUAACUGCAGAAAUUGAGAACACAAAGCAAGAGCUGCAACGUGCAAGAGCGGCUAUUGAUUAUGAGAAGAAAGGGUAUGCGGAAAAUUACGAGCACGGUAAAGUUAUGGAGCAGAAAUUAGUUGCAAUGGCUCGGGAACUGGAGAAACUUCGAGCAGAGAUUGCUAACUCAGAAAAUAGAGCUCAGGCAACUGCUCCUGUUGGGAAUCCUGGUGGAGUUGGUUAUGGUGGUGGCUAUGCGAAUCAUGAGGCUGGGUAUGCUGUGAAUCCUUACCAACCCAACUAUGGCAUGAAUCCAGCACAGGCAGGCGUUGAAGGCUAUUAUCCUCCUCCUUAUGGACCACCCGCUACGUGGGCUGGCGGCUACGAUAUGCAGCAGCAGCAGCAGCAGCAGCAGCAGCAGCAGGGCCGCCCAUGUUAAGAAAAUGGAUACACUCGACUAGGGCCUUUGUAUAUAUUUUUGAAAUUGAAAUUUUGUUAUAGUGAUAAACAUAUUCUAAACUAUUAUAUUAUCCGAUUCAACAUUUAUAAAACAUGCUCUUUUAAUUAAGUUUAGUUAAUUAAAAGACA